AUGCCCUUAUCUGCCGAACAGACCAAAACAAUCACCCGAAAGCUGAAGCAAUGGCUGGACAAUGACCGUCAAAUCGUCACAUUCCGUCAAGUCAGCCGGGAGGUGGGAUGUCAUGUCGAUAUAGCGAAGAACGUUCUUCUCGAGCACGCCCGCUUGAACCCCUCGCUGGAGAUCACCUAUCUCCUGUCGGGCCCUCUGCUGUCCACUUCAUCGCUAGCCUAUACGCAGCUGCCAAGCGAAGGUAUCCAGCUGGAUGCUAAAGCAUUAGCGCAGCUCGAGGCCAGCCAGCGGAUCAAGAUCGUGGAUAUGGACGAAGUCUCGGACGGAGAGCGGAAUUCGGAGGACGGGACUGAGGGGGAUGAUGAGCUCGUCGGAAACGACAAGGGUGGUGAAGGCGGAAUAGCCGGGAACGGCGCGGACUUUCUUCAGCCCGAAGCCGACACCAUCUUGAAGCCCGAGGAAACGCCCAGAUGGGGCGUGGUCAUGACUCAGCAAGCUCAACUCGAGACCAAAUGGGGACUCUUCGAGCCUGCAGGACUAAACAUUCACAUCUACGCCCUUUCGCCUGCGCCCAUCACCGACCCUGCGCAGUACCUCGUCCCCAACACCCUCCUCCGGCAAUACCCUAAGUACAACGAUGUAAAGUACGGCGGGAUCAGCGGCGACUUACCAACCGAGGGAUCCGGCUCCGGUUCCGGCUCAGGCAGCAAGGCGCUCAAAGAUGGCGGGAUGAACUUUGGGUCGGGGCCAGUCGUGUCCGGCAAGAAGGCGGAAGUGCCUAUCAAGAAGGAGGUCGACGUGAAGGCCAAGGGAAAGGCUGCGCCUGUUGUGGCUACCAAGGUGACGAAGGAGGAAGAGGUCAAGAAGGAGGUGAAACCAGCUGUGAAAGGGAAGGAGACCAAAGAGGAAGCGGUUGCGGAGGCGCCGGUGAAAGCCACAGCCAAAAGCAAGGCAGAACCUGCAGCUACGUCAAAAGCCAGCACCUCGACAGCGAAAAAGUCGUCCCAGCCCAGCCAAUCCCGCUCCAAGAAACGCAUCAUCACUUCGGACGACGAGUCCGAACCUGGCUCCAACCCCGCGACAGAUACUGCCGAGCCUCCCGCUUUGUCCCCGCCAACAGCAGCCAAGAAGGCACUGACGAGCAGCAUGGUGCGCGCGAGUGACGACGCGGCGAUGCUCGCGAUGAUGGACAUGGACAUGUCGGAGGAAGAGGAGGAGGUGGAGACGGUAGAGAAGAAGGCGCCUAAGGCGAAGCCAGCUCCGAAGGCAAAGGCGGCGGAGAAGAAGGCUGGAGAUAAGAAGGGGGAGGCGAGUGGAAGUGGGAGAAAGAGGCGGGUAGUCAAGAAGAGCAAGACGGAGAUUGACGAGAAGGGGUAUAUGGUGACCAGAGACUAUACCUCGGAAGAGUCGUAUUCUGGCGACUCGGACGCCGAACCCAGCAAAUCAAGAACCGCCGCCAAGCCCCGUAAAUCCGCCACAUCCACUUCGAGCGCUUCACUUGCCAACAAGAACACGUCGUCUCAGCAAUCACGCGCUUCGUCCGUCUCGACAGAUAUCAACGAUGAGAAGGACACAAAGAAGGGCGGAUCGACGGGCCCGGCGGGAUCGAGCAGUUCUGUCGGGACUGUCAAGCCGAAAGCGCCAGCUCCACCGCCCAAGAAUGUACCGGGGAAGGCUGGGAAGCCAAAGGGCCAGAGUACGCUAGCUGGAUUCUUUACCAAGAAAUAG